AUGGCCAGCGGCAAGAAAGUCUUCAUCAUCGGCCCAGGCUUCAUCGGCUGGAACGUCGUCGAGCUGCUCGUCAAGGAAGGCUACUCAGUGACCGGCUACGUGCGCCGAAAAGAACAUGCAGACGGCAUCAAAGCGUCCGGCGCGGACGUGGUCAUGGGCGAUCUCGACGACACGGCGAAAAUCACGGAACAAGUCGCGCAGUUCGACGUUGUCAUCCACACUGCCACCGCGGACCAUCUUCCUAGUGUCGAGGCUGUGAUUGAUGGCAUUAAGAAGGGGGCCGCGAAGGGCCACAUGACUUCCUUCAUCCACACGUCCGGGGCGAGUGUGUUGGAUGACGGCUCGAAGGGGAGCGCUAGGAGCGACAGAGUGUACUCUGACAAGACCCGCCAUGACAUCGACACUGUCCCAGACGAUGCGCCUCAUCGACCCAUCGACCUCGCGAUUGUCAAGGCGCAGAAGGAGCUGGCGGGCAAGGCGAAGCUGGCCAUCAUCGUGCCCCCUUUGAUUUACGGAUACACGCACGGCAGAGGCACAAUCCAACUCCCCACCCUCGCGCGCUUCGGGCUCAAGCACGGCUACGUCCCCUGCAUCGACAAAGGCCUCGGCAUCGGCGCCAACAUCCACGUCCUCGACCUCGCCCGCGCCUACAUCUACAUCCUGCACCACCUGGAAUCCUCCACGCCCGAGCAGACGCUCGAGAACCCGUACUUCUUCUGCGAGGGCUCGGGCGACGCCGAGCCGUCGUGGAAGGAGUAUGCGCAGGGCGUGGCCGCUUCGCUGCACCAGGCUGGCGCCAAGGUGGAUUCGCAGCCGAGGAGUUUGACUUCCGAGGAGCUGUAUGGGGAUUUGCUUGGGCCGUAUACGACUGCGGUUUUUGCGAUGAAUACGAGGAAUCGCGCGGAGAGGUUGAGGGGGCUGGGGUGGGAGGCGAGAGAGAAGGACUGGAAGCAGAGUUGGGUGGAGGAUGAGUUGCCGCGCGUCUUGGAGGAGGGCGACACGAGGUUUGGAGGGUAUGCGCCUAUUGGGGACAAGGCUUGA